AUGCUCGGCUUUCGCAGAAACCGUAACAAAAACAAGUCUGCUCCUCCUCCUAAGAAGUCCCAUGGACCAAUCAAGAAGGCCCAAUAUGAGCAUACCAGAAAGAAGGAGGUUGGUGUGUCAGAUUUGACACUUCUUUCCAUAAUUUCUGACGAAUCAAUCAACGAAAACUUGCAAAAGAGAUUUCAAAAUGGCAUAAUAUACACCUAUAUUGGCCAAGUGUUGAUCUCAGUCAAUCCUUUUCGUGAUUUGGGUAUCUAUACUCAGGAGGUACUCAAUUCUUAUAAGAAUACCAAUCGUUUGGAGGUCCCCCCCCAUGUUUACGCCAUUGCCGAAUCAAUGUAUCAUAAUAUGAUUGCAUAUAGUGAAAAUCAAUGUGUUAUCAUUUCCGGUGAGUCCGGUGCUGGUAAGACAGAGGCUGCAAAGCGUAUUAUGCAGUACAUUGCCAAUAUAUCCGGUUCUAUGACUACCUCGUCCGAGAUCAAACAUAUUAAUGAUAUGGUCUUAGCUACCAAUCCCCUUCUAGAGUCGUUUGGUUGUGCUAAGACUCUCAGGAAUGACAAUUCUUCACGUCACGGUAAGUACUUGGAGAUACAGUUCAGCAAGGCUUUCGAACCCGUCUCUGCUAAUAUCACCAACUAUCUUCUUGAAAAGCAACGUGUGGUUGGCCAGAUCAAAGACGAGCGUAAUUUCCACAUCUUCUAUCAAUUCACUAAGGGCGCCAGUGACAAAUUCCGUCAGUCGUUUGGCGUUCAACAGCCUGAACAGUAUCUAUAUACUUCUGCUUCUGGUUGUACCUCUGUUGAUUCCAUUGACGAUCUUAGGGAUUUCCGCGAGACCUUAAAAGCCAUGGAAAUUAUUGGUAUUACACAGGAUGAACAGGAACAAGUAUUCCGUCUCUUGGCUGCCAUCUUGUGGAUUGGUAACAUUACAUUUGCUGAGGAUGAGGAGGGAAACUCCACGAUUAAUGAUACGUCUGUUACUGACUUCGUUGCUUAUUUAUUACAAGUGAAUGCGGAUGUACUUUGCAAGGCUGUCACUGAACGUGUCAUGGAGACUUCUCACGGUAUGAAACGUGGUUCAGUGUACCAUGUUCCAUUGAAUCCUGUGCAAGCCACUGCUUCGCGCGAUGCCCUUGCAAAAGGUUUGUACAGCAAUCUUUUUGAUUGGAUUGUUGCAAGAGUCAAUCAAUCGUUUUCCAGUAUGAAGUCACAGCCUUUCAAAUCCAUCGGAAUUUUGGAUAUAUACGGUUUCGAGAUCUUCGAACAUAACUCUUUUGAGCAGGUGUGCAUCAACUAUGUCAACGAGAAGCUCCAACAAAUUUUUAUUCAAUUGACUUUGAAGUCAGAGCAGGAAGAGUAUGUCAGGGAGCAGAUCCAGUGGACUCCAAUCGAGUAUUUCAACAACCAGAUUGUCUGUGAUUUAAUCGAGGCAAAACGUCCCCCUGGAAUUUUUGCAGCUUUGGAUGAUGCCUGCGCCACUGCACAUGCUGAUUCCGUUGCAGCUGAUCAAUCUUUUGCUCAGAGAUUGAGUAUAGUUGAGAACAACCCUCAUUUCUCUCUUCGUGGAGCAAAAUUUGUCAUCAAGCAUUAUGCUGGUGAUGUCACCUAUGAUAUCAAACAUAUGACUGACAAGAAUAAAGAUCAGAUGCUUAAGGAUUUGUUGGAGAUGAUUCAGACCUCUCAGAUUUCGUUUUUGCACUCUCUUUUCCCAGACAAAGUGGAUGAAAAUAACAAAAAGAGACCUCCAACUGCCUCCCAGAAGAUUAAGAAGAGUGCCAACGCUUUGGUCGAUACAUUGUCCCGAGCUACCCCCUCAUACAUGCGUACAAUUAAACCUAAUGAACAUCGAUCUGCUACAGAGUAUAACGAUAAAAACGUUCUUCACCAGAUCAAAUAUUUGGGUUUGAAAGAGAACGUGAGGAUUCGUCGUGCUGGUUUUGCAUACAGGCAGACAUUUGAGAAGUUUGUCGAACGGUUUUAUCUACUUUCUUCAAAGACUUCUUAUGCUGGUGACUACAUCUGGAAAGGAGAUUCCAGAGAGGCCACGCAGAUUAUCUUAACAGAUACCGGCUUUCCGCAAACCGAAUGGCAGCUUGGUGUGACUAAAGUAUUUAUUAAAAAACCAGAGACAUUGUUUGCUCUUGAAGACAUGCGUGAAAGUUAUUGGGCGAACAAGGCUAAAGUCAUUCAGAGAGCCUGUAGACGGUACCUUAAGCGUCGUGAGAAUGCUGCACGAAUUGUACAGAGGCUGUGGCGAGCCAGAAUCACUGGCGAGACCGAUAAGUAUACUAUUCUCAGAGAUUAUGGUACCAAGCUUCUUGGAUCUCGUAAACAGAGGCGCCGCUUGAGUAUGCUAGGCUCAAGAGCUUUCUUGGGCGAUUACUUGGGCUGUAACGACAGAACCGGAGGCUUUGGAAAGUUUCUUAUGGAGACUAUCGGCCUUUCAGAAAAGGUAAUCUUUUCGGCACACGGACAGCAGUUGCACUCUAAGUUUGGCCGUUCAGCCGAAAGACUUCCGAAAUUGUUUCUUAUUACAGAUUCGAGCUUCAUUGUGGUUGGACAGCAAAUUAUUGAGCGUAAAGCCAACUACAUCAUUGAAGAAACUAUUCCGGUUAGACAAAUUCCUAAGGUUUCAUUAUCGACCCUUCAAGAUGAUUGGGUAGCCAUAAAUUUGGCGUCAUCUAGUCGUCCAGAUCUCUUGAUCAACACGAUGUUUAAGACUGAACUGUUGACGUAUCUCAAGAAGCUGAACUCAUCUUUGAAUGUGUCUAUCGGUGAGACCAUUUCUUACUCCAGGAAACCUGGCAAACUGCGUGUGGUCAACUUUAAAGUGGCUGCUGAGGCUCCUUCCGAGGGCGAUAUCUACAAAUCCGCUGUGGUGAGUGUCAGACAGGGCCUUCCAGCUUCAUCGCACUCAAAGCCUAAACCCAAGGGAAAGAGUAUCAUCUCCAAUGCCGUGGCUAAGUACAAAAUGACCCUUGCCGCUACAGGCGCCUAUAAGAGCAGUGGUACUCGAAGAAGUUCACACACAGCUAGACGUCAGAUGAAUUCAGUGAUAACCCCAAACCCAGCUGCCGUUGUCGCUCCCGCUGCUAUUCAACAUCCUGUCACAACUUCCAGGUUUUCGAGGAAAACAGCUCCUCGACCCCCACCUCCACCGCCUAAAUGGCCAACAUACAAGGCUGCUUACGACUUCCCAGGCAGUGGUUCUCCCUCAGAACUACCUGUUAUCAAAGAAACGGUGAUCUAUGUUCUUCAAGACGCCGGAAAUGGAUGGUCAUUGGGUAAGACCCUUGAUGAAACUAAAGAGGGUUGGGUUCCUACUGCUUACAUAGUCAAAUGCGAACCUCCGCAAACUACUGGCUCACGACCUUCUCCACCACCACCACCACCUCCUCCAAAGAAGGUGAAUGGAAAAGUUUUGCCAGCAGUUUCAAAUGUUACAAACACUCCAGCUAAUGGAGAUCUAGCGUCUACAUUGGCCGCUGCUUUAAAACAAAAAAAAGAGGACGAAUCUAGUAUGGCCAAUGAUUUGGCUGCAGCUAUUAGACAGAAAGCGCGCCGUGAGAGCGACGACGAAGAAGAAGAUGAUGACUGGUAA